AUGCCGUGCUUUCUGCUGCGCGGAGCCAAGCAGCUGGCAAAGAAGCCGCCCGCCGGCGGCCCCUCCUACGACCCGCACGCCUUCUGCUACGCCUGGUACGGCAGCCCGCGCUUCGGGGGGACCCAGGGUCUUCUGGGAGGUCGGGGUGCAGAGAAAGCAGUUGCCCUUCACAUCCAGCCAUACAAAGGGCGCGGUGACCGCACCGUGCAUGAAAAUAUCAAAUACAUCAUGGACAAAUACGGAUCACACGCAGCUUUUUAUAUGUACACGACCAGCACCGGCAAGAGUCUCCCGCUGUUUUAUAUCUACGAUUCCUACUUGACACCAGCUGAAUCCUGGGCCAACCUUCUCAUGCCAUCGGGCUCCCACUCUCUCCGCGACACUGCUUACGACGCUGUGCUCAUAGCGCUGCUGGUGGAGGAGGGACACAAGCACGAUAUCCUCUCCGCAGGGUGCGAUGGCACGUACACAUACUUUGCGUCCAACAGCUUCUCUUUUGGCUCAUCCCACCAGAACUGGAAAGCAAUCAAAACUUUCUGCGACUCCAACAACCUGAUAUUCAUCCCCGGCGUUGGCCCAGGCUACGCUGACACCAGCAUUCGACUGAACAACCGCAACACUCGGAACAGAGUCAACGGGAAGUACUAUGAAACAGCUCUGCAGGCUGCUCUCAUGGUCAGGCCAGAGACCAUCUCCAUCACAUCCUUCAACGAAUGGCACGAAGGCACCCAGAUCGAGAAGGCUGUACGCAAGAAGACGCUGACACGCCUUUAUCUGGACUACCUUCCUCAUCAGCCGAGCACGUACCUGGAGCUGACUGGCAGGUGGGCAGAACAUUUCAGCAAAGAGAAGGAGCAGUGGCUGAUGUGACUUCAGGAUUUGCCUGACUCGGAAAAACAUCCUGCUGACAAAGCUGCAGCAGAGAGAAGCGCUUCAGAAAAAAGCACUCGAGGAGAUGCAGCCACAGAACCUUCAGCCUAACCAGGCCGCUGAGCGCAAGCAGCCAUCUGCAGACAUCCCAAGGACUGCGUAAGCCCCAGCUACGGACUCACAGGAGGAAGCGUUACAGGCAGCAGGAAAUCUGCAAGCAGCAGUCAAAUCUAAUUUUCUGCAGAUUUAGUACAGAUGACCCUUUCAGAACUCCUCUGGAAUUCACGAGGGGUGCUGGUUUGGGGGACAAAGAUCUGUUUUUUCUUACUGUGGGUAUGUUCUGUGAUGUUCGACACGGUUAGCUGGGUUCCAGCAUGCGUUUCACCGUACACCCUUGGCCCGCUGUCUGCAGUGAUCACAUAUGCCUCACUCCGCUAGCAACUCUGUCAGUGCAUUUCUCUAUCAGCUUACUGUAAAGAGGAGUAAAUAUUCCUUCAAAUUGUCUACUGCAGGUGAAACUAAGCCAUGCCGUUACCUACCCUCUACUUUAUCCAACCUCUCCUAUACCAAGAAGUUCUGCGGUGGGCAUUGUCACUGUGGUCCACUGUAUCCCAACAACUAAAGAUAAUUAGAGCUGGAACACUAGAGACUACUUACUACUACUACUGUGUGUGCUGGGAACCAAGGAAAUGCAAUGAUCUAUACUAAAAGCUCUUAACUGAUUGUUUUGUGUUCCAUGUUUUGAAAAUUUACAUCUGAAGUUGCUUUAUCCCCUUUAGAACCAAGGAAAAAAAAUAUUUGCAAAAAAAUGCAACUGAAAACACCAUUAAUUUGUGCUUUGAAAGAGG